CCGGUCCGGGCUGCCCGCGCGGGCGCUUCGCGGUGCGGCGCUGCGGGGCUGGUGCCUUCUCGUCCGCGACCCUUCACCUCCGAGCAGCCCUCCCAUUAAUACCUUGAUCAUUAGAUGUGCCGGUGCUCUCGGUAAAGCAGGUACCGGGAGUAUGUGUCAGACACUGUAAAAGGGUUGGAAUAAGAUAACCCGAAUCGAGCCCAGAGAAGAUUUCAUCAGCAUCAGGUUUUACCUAAAAAAGUGCCUAAAACGGACGUAUGUAGAAAGAAAACCGUCUAAAGCAAACGAUGGGCGUGCUGCUGGUGAAGAACAAAUGACAUACUACGUGAACAAAGGGUUUUCAGCAAUUCAAGUAAAGCAAAGUGCUUAACAGGUUUCACUGCAGCUAUGAGGAAGCAGAAGAUUAUUGUCGUAUGCAGGGAGGACACCUCGCUUACACUUGGAACCCAGAGGUCCAGCAUCUUCUCUGGGACUUUCUGGAAGAAGGGCAUAAGUGGUGGAUUGGACAAAAUCUAAAGCUGCUGGGAAAACAUCAAGAAAAUAACAACCUAGCAGGUGUCAUGCCCCCCUGGGCCCCAGGCCCCAUCAGCUGCAUAUACGUGUCCAGAAACUCCAACUGGAUAUCAUCAAAUGUGGACUUCUGCUCACUGGGACAUUCUUUCAUUUGCCAGGCUGAUGCCUUUUCAGACCAACAUGAAAGACAUGGAAAUAAUCCUCAUUUACAUUGGAGACCCGAGGAGACAAGAGGAGAAAUGGCAGUACCAAGAAACAAAAAGACCCCAGCUAUUCAUCCUGCACCCCCAUGUCACCACCCUGCUCAUGCUGAUCUUUCCAAGACCCUAUGCCAUUCCAUCAGCCCGUUUCCUUCAGCACUGCCCAGAGUCACAUGGCAGGUCCUGUCAGUCACCUGGGUGCCUACCAGCCACCCUCUCUCUGUCACACCAGCGCUCCCCAGGCCUGCACCCAAAGAACAGUCUGGGCAAGCUUUGGUAGAAGUGACCUCAAGCCCCAAAGAGAACACCCACACAGAGGUUGUCACCACUCACCUACAAACAUCAUUUCAGGAUGCCUCUGAUCAGGUCGUAUAUGAGACAGCAAGGAACUUGAACAAAGCAAUUCAUGGUUUGCAAACUAACAGCAAACUACAGACAGCUUGUGAGAUGCUCCAGAAACUGACAGCCUUAAUCCCAGAAUUUUCUAAGUCAGCUCAGGUCAGUGUCAUCAGUCCUCUUGUGGACCUGAAUGAGCAGCUACCUGACAGUGUAUCUCAGAGCAAUGGCAUUCGGGGCUUUGAAAACCCUGUGACUGUCUGCCUCAUUCACUCCCUUGACGAUGUAGUAGAAGCUGGUAAGGCCAGUCUGCAAAGAUCCAAACAUGACAUUAAGCAGCAGGUAGAAAAUACGCUGGAAAUGGCCUUGCUGGCUCUUGGGAAGAUCCAAGAAGUGUUCCUACAACAGAACCGGUUUUCUGAGUCUUUAGUGACUUUGACCUCUUCUGUUGCUACCCUGGUGCUGAGCAGCCAAAACAUGUCAACCUGGCCUCUGAGCUCCUACACUCUUGGGUCUCCAGCACUUGUGAGGUUAGGCUUUCUAUCAGCUUCAGCACUGGAAGAGGUGUUGAACAGACACCCGGGAGUUAAUGUACAAGUAACAGGACUAGCUUUCAAUCCCUUCAAGGAUUUUGAUGACAAGAACAUUGUUGGAAACAUCGGAAGUGUGUUGCUAAGCUCUAAUCAGAAAUUGUUUCAAGUCCAUGAUUUAAUGGGAGAUAUUGAGAUCAUGCUAUGGAGAAAUGUUAGCAUGGAAACCCAUCCCACCAGCCUCAACGUGACCUCAGAUCAUUUUAUUAUCAUAAUGAACAUCACUUCCCUGGAGAAAUCCCUGAUCGUGUGCGUAGAACCUGAAAGUCCCCUUUUAAUGACACUCUACCUGGGGUUCCAGUAUCAGCCUAACCACACCCGCUUUGACCUGAACAUCACCCUUCCAAAGGAUCAGGUGUGGCAAAAAGAUGAGGAAUACACAUGGGUAUUGACUCCAGAGAGUCUGCAGUAUAGGAUUGGCACCUACCACAUAACAGCCACGUUGAAUAAAAGCAAGGAGAGUGCCCAGCAGACUCCCACCCUGUUCUCAGUGGUAACUGCCGUCACUCAGUGUUAUUUCUGGGACAGCCACAAUAGCACAUGGAAGAGCACUGGAUGCCACGUCGGGCCACGGAGCACGGUUUUGAGGACACAAUGUCUCUGUAACCGCCUGGCCUACUUUGGCAGUGACUUCUUCAUUGCGCCCCGGACAGUGAACGUUGAGGACACGAUCAAGCUGUUCCUUCGCGUGACCACCAACCCUGUCGGGGUGUCUUUGCUCAUAAGCCUCUUAGGCUUCUAUAUGCUCACAUGUGUGUGGGCUUGGAGAAAGGAUCAAGCAGACAUGCAGAAGGUGAAGGUCACCGUCCUGGCUGAUAAUGACCCCAGCUCUCAGUUUCACUACCUUCUUCAGGUCUCCACUGGUUAUCGAAGAAAGGCUGCCACAACAGCGAAGGUGGUUAUCACCCUUUAUGGAUCAGAGAGACGGAGUGAGCCCCAUCACCUCUGUGACUCCCAGAAGGCAGUCUUUGAGCGAGGGGGACUGGACGUCUUCCUCCUCAGCACUAAGUCCUCCCUAGGGGAGUUGCACAGCAUGCGCCUCUGGCAUGACAAUUCGGGUACCAGUCCUUCUUGGUACGUAAACCAGGUAAUUGUCAGUGACAUGGCCAGUAAAAGGAAAUGGUGCUUCCUGUGCAACUGUUGGCUGGCCGUUGACCUCGGAGAGUGCCAGCGUGACCGGGUCUUCAUGCCAGUCUCAAAGAAAGAACUCUUUUCCUUUAGACACCUGUUCUCCUCCAUCAUUGUAGAAAAGCUCACCCAGGAUUAUCUGUGGCUCUCGGUUUUAACUCGACAUCCCUGGAACCGGUUCACAAGAGUCCAGAGGCUCACCUGUUACAUGACCUUGCUUCUGUGCAACAUGGUCAUCAAUGUUAUGUUCUGGAGGACAAGCAGCACCACUGCCAAGAGAGACGAGCAAGUGGGUCCAUUUGCUGUGACCUGGUCCCAGGUGAUCAUCAGCGUCCAAACUGCUGUCCUUCUCUUCCCUGUCAAUCUUGUAAUUGGGCGCCUCUUCCCACUGAUCCAGCCACAGGAACCCCGGCCUCUCUUUCCUCCCAGCCAAGCCUCCUGCCUCUCGGAUGCUACUUUUGAGCCUCUGUCUCUCACAGAGGUGGCUGAGGAAUUAAAGGAAACUGUGGGAUUCCUGCUCAGGAGAAAUACAUACCUACUCUCAGAGUGUGAACAAUCCUUAUGGACUUCUUAUAGCAUUAACAAGCUGGUUCAGCUUUUAUCCAGCCUCAUCUAUUCUCACUUAGAGCGUCACGGCUCUCACCAGCAGGCAGGACCCCAUCGGGCAAAUGUGGUUCCUGAUAGCCACCACCAUCUCUGCUGUUACCUGCUGGGAGUUGUGCAGCGGCUCCAUUCUCACUUAAGUGCCGUGGGUCCCACUCAGGUCGACCAGCCUUGUGACGUCCUGGAUGCCACCAACCAACUGCAAAAACUCCAGAAGCUCUUGGAAACACGUGUUCUUCACCUCGAGCAGGGGCCCUCCAGGGAGGUCACCAGUUUCCCCCUCCUGAGCCCAGAAGAAGGGAAGGAGCCCAUCGCUUACAGCCUGCCCAGAGGAGUGACUUAUAUCUGCUGGCUCUGUCUGGGUGUCACUAGCCUGGUUGCAGCCUUUUUUACUGCACUUUACAGCCUGGAACUGACCAAAGACCAAGCCACCAGCUGGGUGAUGUCAGUGAUACUAUCAGUGCUUCAAAACAUUGUCAUCAGCCAGCCAAUAAAGGCGAUCUUCCUUGCUUUGUUCGAUUCCCUGAUGCUGAGCAGGAUGCCGUGGCUUACCAAAGAGAAGGAACAACAGACGAGGAGGAUCUUGGCACUCGUGGCAAAAUGCUCACCAUUACCUGGCUCAAGAGAUAAGAAUAACCCCAUCUAUGUAGCUCCAGCUGCCAACAGUCCAGUUAAGCGCCCAGAAAGAACCAUGAAAGAGAAGAAACUCUUCAAGCUGACAGGAGAUAUUUUGGUACAAGUCCUCUUCCUUAUCUUGUUGAUGACCACAGUCUACUCAGCACAGAACUCCAAUAGGUUUUACCUCCAUCAAGCUCUCCGGAAGAGCUUUUCCCGCCAUUUCUCAGAGAUCAGACUUCUGAAGCAUUUUUACUUGUGGGCCAAUCACACCCUCCUUCCUAGCCUUUAUGGGGAUUACAGAGGGUUUAUUGCCGAUGGGAACUCCUUUCUUUUGGGCAAUGUUCUGCUUCGUCAGAUUCGCAUUCCCAGUGCCGUACUACUUCCAACUGGAAUGUCUCCCCACGAACAAGUGAAGCUAUCUCCCCAAGAUCAAGAGGAUACAGAGAACUAUGGAGUAAACUGGGGUCCCCCUGAUACAAACAUCACAAAAUCAGACAACAUUUGGCAUUAUCAGAAUCAAGAGAUACUGGGUGGCUAUCCUAUCCAAGGGGAACAUGCCACUUACUCAGGAGGAGGGUAUGUUGUGAAACUUGGAAGAAGCUCCAGUACUGCAAUCAGUGUUCUGCAGCAUCUUGAACAGAGCCACUGGCUUGACCAUUGCACCAAAAGCCUCUUUGUGGAAUUUGUGGUCUUCAAUGCUAAUGUGAACCUGUUCUGCGUAGUGACCCUGAUUUUGGAGUCCAACAACAUGGGUACGUUCUUCACCUCGCUGAGGUUGGACACUUUAACUUCCUUUCAGGCAAAGAAGGACUUUGCCUGGUCUGUCAUCUCACAAGUCGUCUACUACCUACUAGUCUGUUACUGUGCCUUUAUACAGGGUCAUCGGCUGAAACAGCAGAGGUGGAGGUUCUUCACUAGGAAAAGAAACAUUCUGGACAUGAGCAUAAUCCUUAUUAGCUUUGUCCUCCUGGGUCUGGAGGUGAAGCUUACUUCUCUGUGUAAGAAAAACAUGGCACAGUACCACUAUGACCGUGACAGGUUCAUCAGCUUCCGUGAGGCAAUAAAAGUAAACUCAGCAGCCAUUCACCUUAUGGGCUUCCUGGUUCUGUUGGCAACUGUUCGGCUGUGGAACCUGAUGCACCAUAUCCCCAGGCUGCAGGUCAUCGGUACAACACUCAGCAAAGCCUGGGACGAGGUGGUGGGCUUCUUGCUGGUCAUCCUCAUCCUGCUGACGGGCUAUGCCAUUGCUUUUAACCUGCUGUUCGGAUGGAGCAUUUCUGACUACAGAACUUUCUUCAGCUCCGCAGUGACUGUUGUUGGUCUCCUAAUGGGAAUCUCUCAUCACGAGGAGGUUAUCGCUUUAGACCCAAUCCUGGGCUCCUUUCUGAUAAUCACCAGUGUCUUCUUGAUGGUACUUGUGAUCAUUAACCUUUUUGUUUCAGUCAUUCUCAUGGCCUUUGGUAAAGAAAGAAAGUCCCUUAAGACUCUGAAAGAAGGUACACUGAUAGAUAUGGUGCUACAGAAGCUCUCCAGUUUGCUGGGAAUCCAGCAGCACCAGAACACGUACAGUGGAAGUUGAAGCAGCAGGUACAUAAAGAACUUGAGAUUGAAAGAAUGAUGAUACCAUUAACAGAAACAAGGAGAUUCUGGGAGAUUCUCUGCAGCCAGAGAGAUACUUUCUUUUUGGGCAAGGGAAAUGCUGAGUUCUACUUUCAUUAUACAUCAUCUACAUUCUGGGAGAGAAGAGGGCAUGUGGGUAAUAUGCCACAAACAUGAACACUAUUUCUGAGGCAGGAACAGCAAUGAGAAAACCGCAAAGGAUUCAGCAAUGAGGGUUUCUGACUCAUACUCACCAACAAUCUGUGCAGAAGAGACAUUCAUAUCAGCAUUAAUGUCAUCAACCUGAAAUACAAAAACUGUUACUGGGGGAGAAAGCAAUGUCAUUACUGGAUAAAGUACUAAUACUGAUAUAAACCCCUAUGUUCUCCAAAAGCUAAGCUGCUCAGCAGAAGCAAAAGAACCUGCUCCAAAGAAACUGCCCCUCCACCCCCUGUACUCCUUCCUUAUCUUCCGAUCAACUACCAUGUUAAACACAUAACCACCAAGCGAGAAAAAGAAAAUUCUUACCACACCAUAACACCUCUCUUUGAUACCUUCACCUUCUGGGCAGAGAGAAAGCACUAACCCACUGAAUUCAUCUCCAAGAAACAAGUCCUCAAAUACUGAAGAUCUUCUACCUCAUAUCCUGGAAACAGUUGUGGGCAAUGCUUCAAUGCAUGCAGAUCGAAACAUAAGAAAAACCCAGGCCCAAGGGAAAGCCAAAGGAAAGAACACUAAGCAAGUUCAGGAACAGGGUACUCUCCCAGCAAAUACCCUACCAAUUUGUUUUCUCUGUAAUGCAUCAGAUGGAAAUAGGUCUCAAAAGGCACAUACUAGCUGAGGAAACAAGGCUGACAGAAAGUAGCCCUCUAAUUCUGACUCAAAGCGGUGCAAACACCAACACCAACAAUUCAGUUCAAGGCAUGAUUACCACCAUUUAUAACAAGUUUCGUCUAUAAGACUAAAAUGUAAAAUUAAUGCCAUAGUGUGAAAUUUACUAACUGGCCACUUCUGAUGAAGACAAACUGUUGAAUUUACAAAACUGGUAUUUUAAUUAUGAUAUUCUAGCAGCUAGACUAUACCAGCUCAAUACAAUUCUCUGCCUAGUUAGUUCAAAAAAACAGAAACAACAAAAACCCAAAAGACUAUAAAGUGCCCUAUUAGAACUUUCUAGGAGAUCUGCAGCUCCCUCCUGAUUCCUGGCUUAAGUGCAAAUAAAGCAUUGCCACCAAUGAUGCUGCUGCCGCCGCCACCACCACCCCAUUUCCAGGAUAAUGUUAAAGCAACACAAAAAUCCAAAGCAAGAGCAAUGCUGGUACUAGGAAUUGAUCAAAACUUUGCCUUCCCUGUGGCCAUUAUUUUGCUCUCUCUUCAUGGGAUUCACUCUCCUGCUGCUUACAAAAGACGCUCAUGCACUUACAGAUUCAUACGAUGGGGGAGUUGCUGGUAUCUGAGGUGGAUGAAUAUUGGGAAAAGCCUGGUAAGUCCCCAUUGGCAAUCCGUUGAAAUCCGACUGCAAGAGGACAAAGGCAACAUCAGAAACAGCCCCUAUCUAAUUUCUAAGGUCUGUGUAUGGUAAGGGAGAAAUACCUACACGUAUUCAAUGUGAAUAUUCAAGACAUAUAUUCAAUAUAUGUAUAUAUGCAAGAGCUCCAAAAGAAAAAAAAAAUGCCCCAGAAGGAUUGCAGAUUUUUAAAGAUCUAUAGCCAAAGGCUGGCUAGUCUUCAAAUUACUAAUCAACUGCUUUGCUGUCUACAAGGGAAGAUUCUAAUCAAACUUUCCUAUCACUAGUAAUGACCUUCACCUUGUCUACAAAGGAGGUUUUCCUGGUAGUAAGGAGUAUUCAUUUUUGGAAAUAACUACUAGUAUGCCUCCUGCAACAGGUCCCAAAGGUAGUCAGUAAACCUAUGAGAACAAGUUUAUAUAGCAUUCUCUCUAUAUAUUUUCCCACAUCAUUAACUAAACACAAACCAAAAGACCUUCUCCAAAUCCCAAUGUUUUUAUUUCACAAUAUGAUCACUAAUACCAAGUGUUGUCACUGCUGAAUCUUCUUGACAACGUACAACUCCUGUGUGUACUCAUACAUCAUCUAUAUUUUAUAUAGUUUAAGCUCACAUUUAUAUGUAUACUUACUGGUCCCUUUGGAAGUGGGUAGGAAAAAGGAGUGCUUGGAGAGGGCAUGGGCAUAGGCAUGGGCAUAGGCACUGGCACUGUUCCAUCAGGUCCACCAACUGGUGCUGUGAAACCACCCCCUCCUCCUCUUCCAGAGCCCCCUUUCUUCACAUCAUCUGUGAAUCCAACAUCAAUAAGAUCUGUCUCUACCCCAGGAGGAGCUUCUGCCUGAGAAGGAGAGAGAAACUCUUAUCAUUAACCCACAUCAUAGGCUAGAUUCCCCCAGAAGAUGACCCUGAGAUGGAGACCAGUAUGGAGUUUUACUGCGGUGGUCCCUUGGGAUAAAGACCUGAGGGGAAGUGAAGGAAGCAAGGCUGGGAAGAAGAAAACGCUGGGCUGCUGUAUAGUCACACGGACCGCUCAAUUCAUUAAGGAGCUGGGAUGGCCCUGUAGCAGGUACCCUAGAGUCUUUAAAACCAAGGUACUGAAUACAGGCUCUCCCGCAGGAAAGACUUUGGAUGAAGCAGCUUUCUUCUGAGGGCCACUCAGCUGUGUAUGAGUCACCAGUCAUCGAUAUUCUCAAGAGCUGGGGAAAUAAAUGCUUUUAUCCUUAAGUGCGUGUAUUUGGGAUGGGGGACAGUUGCCUGAGCAGCACACCAAAGCUGAAUGAUACAUCCCACUGACCUUAACUGAAUCAUUACUAUUUGUAUAUUUGCCCCCCUUCCAGUGUAAACCUCAUCAGGACAGUGACCUUGUUUUAUCUGUGUUCACAGCCUUCUGUACAUUGUCUAGCACACAGCAGGCACCCAAUGAAGGUUUCAGAAUCCAUUCGAGGUCUUGAGGCACUUCUUCAAUUCCUUGAACUUUAUAAAAAAGCAGCAAUAGUGCCAUUUUCUAUUUGUAUCAAGGUUUGUACCUUUUCAAAGUGCUUUCCAGUCAUUCAUCUCAUCUAAUCCUUCAAUACUAAGAAAUGCAGGCAUAUUUAUUGUUACCCAAAAAGGCACUGACUGGACAAAGGCUUAAAUUCCCACAAACUUUAGUGCAAAGAAUAUGGUUACUUUUUAAGAAAGUGAUAUCCAGAGAUUCAUUUCCCUUUGUAUUCUGAAAAAGCUCUAAACUUACCAUGACCACAGAGUCAGGCUCAUAGGGCACAUUGUAGUUCUUGGCAAUUUCAAUCAGGUAUCUCUCCACCAGGAUUUUGGGUGGGGCUUCCACACUCAAUUUAUGCAUGAGCUGUAAGUAAAAGACCCAGGGUUAAAAAUCUAUGCCAAUGAGCCUAAGCCUAACCUGUCUUAAAUUUUGUUCCUCUUAUUUUACAGGUAAACUGAAGAGAAAAAGGGGUUCUGACCAGUUAAAUUUCUUUUUUUCAGUCACAAAGCAUUAUUACAAACCCACGCCCCUCUCAUGUUCUCUGGUUACACACGACCCAGAUGUCGGUAAGACUGAUAAUGCCACCCUUCCCUAUUUGAAUUCAUCCACUCUGUUCCUCACCUUGCUUCUACAUCCACAAAUUGUAAGAGGCACAAAAGGACCAAAGGCCUCACAAUCACAGGUUUAAGGAAAAGGUAAGGAGUGGACUACACUGCCAGCCCAAAUGCCUUCUCACCCUCACUAUGAAAUAUGCAACCCUAGAUUAACUCAGCCAUACAUUAGGACCCACUACAAUCAAUACAAAAUAACAUGCCCAUACCCCAUUGCAUCAUGUUUAACAAGCAUGUUCAUUACCCUGUCAUUCACAGUUCCAAUCUGGUUGGUCCUACAUAACUUGCCAUAUUCCUUGCUAUAUUUGGCACAGAGCUGAUCAGCAACCUAAAAAGAAAACAGUCAGAGAAAAAUGGAAAUCAUUCCAACAGACUGCUUCAAGCUUCCAAUCAUCAGUAACCAUGCUUCUAUUCUUGGAUUUCAAAACAAACAUGCGGCCUGUAAAACUUUAAGGGGGUAUAUGUGAAUUCGUAUGUGUUCAUCCAUCCACAAAGCUGUAGCUAUGUACCAAAUUCUAUUACAGACUUUAUGAUAUAUGCUCUAAAUACAAUGAACAAAAAUAGA